AUGAGAAACCUGCAGAACAAAUACACUGGAGAUUAUCAUUGUAUUGUGGGCAUUGAAGGAAUAAUGAGCAGCACAUGUGAGGUUUAUAUCAAGGUUCAAUCUGCUCCUGAUGUGUCUGUGGUGAGCAGCAGUGUAUGUGGACAUGAAGGUGGUGAUAUCAGUGUUCAGUGUCUCUACAGUUCUGGAUAUCAAAAUAAAGUCAAACAGUGGUGCAGAUAUAAAGAUCAGAGAUGUUACACAUCCCAGAAUCCAUCAGUGCUGAUCAGAGAUGAUGAUGGGGGAAGAUCCUUCACUGUGCUGAUGACUGGACUGAGACGGACUGAUUCUGGCUGGUACUACUGCUCUGUAGGAGAUCUGCAGGUUCCUGUUCUCAUCACAGUCACUGAACCCAAAAGAGCAUUUACAACUAUUCCAGCAACUGCACCAUCUGACUCGGAGGCAGACAUAGCUAUGAUUACUGAUUCAACACCUGACACAGACAGAGCUGAAACACAUCGAUCUCUAACAGCUGCUUCAGAGACUGUUAACACUGAAAUACACAGCAGCACAGAUGAGCAAAACAAGUCUGAUGUGAUUCUGGUCACAUGUUUGCUUUCCAUGUUUAUGCUGUUACUGAUUGUUGCUCUUGUUGCCAUAGUAACCUGGAGGCUGAGAAAGAAGCUGGAGAGAGGGCAAAUUAGAGAAGGGCAUUUCAACAGCACCAGAAAUACAUCUUCUGCCUCGGUGGAUGAUAAUUCAGUGAUUUACAGUUCUGUGAUUACCUUUCAUAAAGCACCUUCUUCAUCAGUGAAUCCAGAAACUGAAGUGAUCUACAGCUCUGUGAAAUAAACUCUCACCUGUGAGUUCUGAAUGAAGUUAUGAGAAAGUGGAAGUCAAUAACUGUAAAUAAUAAAUAAUUGUGAAGGUUCAGUGCUUAACAUAUGUAAUAUUGAGAAAGCAAAAUUAAUUAUUUGAGGCCUACUGUACAUAGAUAUGCAUAUUACAUGACAGGUACAUUUCAGAAAUAAUACAUGACCAAAUCAACACUUUAGAAAGAGUUGAAAUAUUCUGUAACGUUUCUUUUCGUGCUUUCUUUGAAGUCGACAUUAGGCCUACAUAAUUGUUUGGGUUACUUACAGUAAAUGCAGUUUUGUUAGUUGCAUUGAAAUCGUUUUUAAAAUAAGUAUAUUUUGAA